GUGCAAGUCAACAGUCAACUUCAGAUGUCACUCCUCAAAUGUCAACAGUCAACAGUCAACUUCAGAUGUCACUCCUCAAAUGUCAACAGUCAACAGUCAACUUCAGAUGUCACUCCUCAAAUGUCACCAGUCAACAGUCAACUUCAGAUGUCACUCCUCAAAUGUCAACAGUCAACAGUCAACUUCAGAUGUCACUCCUCAAAUGUCAACAGUCAACAGUCAACUUCAGAUGUCACUCCUCAAAUGUCAACAGUCAACAGUCAACUUCAGAUGUCACUCCUCAAAUGUCAACAGUCAACAGUCAACUUCAGAUGUCACUCCUCAAAUGUCACCAGUCAACAGUCAACUUCAGAUGUCACUCCUCAAAUGUCACCAGUCAACAGUCAACUUCAGAUGUCACUCCUCAAAUGUCAACAGUCAACAGUCAACUUCAGAUGUCACUCCUCAAAUGUCACCAGUCAACAGUCAACUUCAGAUGUCACUCCUCAAAUGUCAACAGUCAACAGUCAACUUCAGAUGUCACUCCUCAAAUGUCAACAGUCAACAGUCAACUUCAGAUGUCACUCCUCAAAUGUCAACAGUCAACAGUCAACUUCAGAUGUCACUCCUCAAAUGUCAACAGUCAACAGUCAACUUCAGAUGUCACUCCUCAAAUGUCACCCACCCUGUCUUUUGAGACAAGGUUUCUCACUGGAACCUGGCUUCACCAAUUAAGGACUCAAGAAAGACCUUUAACUAGGGAUUGGAUCGCUUUCUGUCACGGACGACGGUUUUGAAGAAUACAGUGCAUUGCGGAUUUCUUUGAGGCUAAGUAUGGUUCUGUGGUCUGUUUCCCACAAACUGUCCAGCUGGCAGUUGCAUGCUGUUAUGCUUUUUUUAGUGUCUUGUUUAUUUAUCCAAAUCAUAAGAAAAAAAUAAAAGAAAGAUGUAUCCUCAAUUAAAAACCAGGAUUUGCCAAUGGCCUAAUGUUUUGAUUGUACCAUUGUCUCUUCGUGUAUUAGCCAUCAUAACACUUUGAAAUUUUCCCUUCACUAAUUAUGAGUGACAGUUAAAACAUGUAAGCUAAGAUAACUCUUUGUUAUAGUACCUUCAUCAGUUUUCAGUAACAAGUUGUUGCCCAGAAUCUUCUACAUGAAGCCAAU